UCUCCAAUCCAAUUCAGCUGUAGUUUUCUUUCAUUUUGCUUUUCACAUAGUUAUUUAUCUACCUUCUUUUUAAGCGAAAUAUCGACUAAAUUCUUAUAUCUCUUGAUAAUUUGUGACCAAUGAUUUGACUCGAUAACGGUAUUUAUAGGAAACAUUUAAUUUGUUUCGUAAGCACAAAUAGUACAAAAUUACGCUGCUGAAAAACAACCGACAUCAAAAUUCCUCCAGCCUCAGCUACUCAAGAAUCUGCUCUCCGUGCUACUAAUUGUGCAAACGGAGCGACGAGUGCAAGGAACGCGGUCGGUCCCCAGGUGGGCGGAGAUGCUGGUGGCGUCCGAAACGGGCGACGUGUUCGCCCUGCUGGAGGGGGGCGCGCGCGGCGGCCGCGACGCGGUCGAGGCCUUCGCGGCCGUCUACGGGGCCGUGCGCGAGCCCUGGCUCACGCGCGCGCUGCUGCUCUACCACGCGCGCUCCGGCUCCGCGCGCGCGCUCGACCUGCUGGCCCGCGCGCCCGACUACCACGCGCGACACCUGCUCGACGCGCUGCACGACCGGCUGCGGGCCGACCCGCCCGCUCGACGACACGCCCUCGCCGCGCUCGCGCCGCUCGUGGCGCGCCGCCCGCCCUGGCUGCACCGCCUGCCCGCGCACCCGCUCGCGCGCGACCUCGUGCGCGCCGCGCGCCGCGAGCGCGAGCCCCUGCCGCUGCUGCACGCGCUGCUGGCGCUCGCCGCGCUGCUGCCCGCCGCGCCCGCGCUCGCGGCCCCGCUGGCCGCCGACCUCGCCGCCGCGCUGCUGCGCCCCGCCGCCCUCGCGCCGCCCCCGCCGCCGCCCGCCGCGCUCCACCUGCGCCUCGCCCAGCGCGCGCUGUUCCACGCGCUGUACGCGACGCACCCGUGCACGCUGCUGGAGGCGCUGCGCUCCGACGCCCGCGAGCGCGAGCGCGAGCUGGCCCCGCUGCUGGCCACCGUGCGCCUGCACCCCGCGCUGCUCACCGGCUCCCGCCAGCGCGAGGCGGACGCGGCCCGCUGGCAGCGCAUCGAGCCGCACGACGUGCUCGCCGAGUGCCGCCGGCUCGCGGUGCCCGCGCCCGCCCUGCCCCCGGCGCCGCUCCCGCCCGCACCCGAGCCGGCGCCGCCGCCGGCCGCCCCCGCCGCACCGGCGCCCGGGUCCGGGGCGCAUGCGGCGCGCGCCGCCGGCUCGCUGCGGCCCGGCGCGGAGCCGUGGUUCCCGCUGGGCGAGCGGUGCGGCGCGGACUCGGCUCCGCACACGCCGCUGCCGGCGGACGCGGACGCCGCGGAGCCGCCGGAGGCCGCCGUGGAGGCGACGCCGGAGAACACGCCGGCGCGGGAGACGCGCGCGCGGUUCCGGUUCCCGACGGAGUCCGGCGCGGCGCGCGCGAUCGGGCGGCGCGCGGAGACGUCGCCGGCCGGCGGGGAGGCGUACUCUGCGCGGUUGGCGCGCGUGGCUCUGGAGCGGCGCGCGGCGGACUCGCCGGUGCCGUUCGGGGGCGCGCCGCCGGCCGGGGCGGUGGCGCGGCCGGAGCCCCGCGCGGGGUCGGCGCCCGGGCCCGGCCCCGAGGAGGAGCCGGCGGGCGCGGAGGAGGAGCAGCUCGCGGAGGAGGACCGCGAGGUGCUGGAGCUGACGGCGAGCGGGGCGGGGCCGGUGGGGUCGUGGCCGGAGUGCGCCACGCCCGCGCUCCCGCCCCGGGACCCGCGCGCCGACACCCCGGGCCUGGGAGGGGGGUCGAAGGCGGGACCUCCCCGUCGACCGUCGUCGUGCCCGCCGCGGGCCGCGUCGGGAUCGCACUCGGUGGCCGUGCAGACCGUGGACGUGUGGCCGGAGCCUUACGAAUUUCUCGUCGCCGAUUUCUACCGGGGUCCUCUGCCCGAAUGCGAUAAGCGAAGACAUCUGCGCGGGGAAAGUGGGAGGCGGCGGCGAGGCCGUCGAGCAGCUCGCCUGGCUGCACGCGCAGCUCGCGCACGAGCGGUGGCGGCGCGACGUGCACGCCGAGCGGAACCGGAGGCUGCUGGGGCGCUGUCGGCGCGCGCGCGCUGCGGACCUGCACAACCACGCGCUGCGGGACCGGCUCCGGGCACUCACGCGCGAGCGGGACGAGCUGCGGCUGCGGUGAGUGUGGGUGUGGGUGUGGGACCGGGACCGGGACCGGGACCGGAGGCUGCUGGGGCGCUGUCGGCGCGCGCGCGCUGCGGACCUGCACAACCACGCGCUGCGGGACCGGCUCCGGGCACUCACGCGCGAGCGGGACGAGCUGCGGCUGCGGUGAGUGUGGGUGUGGGUGUGGGACCGGGACCGGGACCGGGACCGGAGGCUGCUGGGGCGCUGUCGGCGCGCGCGCGCUGCGGACCUGCACAACCACGCGCUGCGGGACCGGCUCCGGGCACUCACGCGCGAGCGGGACGAGCUGCGGCUGCGGUGAGUGUGGGUGUGGGUGUGGGACCGGGACCGGGACCGGGACCGGAGGCUGCUGGGGCGCUGUCGGCGCGCGCGCGCUGCGGACCUGCACAACCACGCGCUGCGGGACCGGCUCCGGGCACUCACGCGCGAGCGGGACGAGCUGCGGCUGCGGUGAGUGUGGGUGUGGGUGUGGGACCGGGACCGGGACCGGGACCGGAGGCUGCUGGGGCGCUGUCGGCGCGCGCGCGCUGCGGACCUGCACAACCACGCGCUGCGGGACCGGCUCCGGGCACUCACGCGCGAGCGGGACGAGCUGCGGCUGCGGUGAGUGUGGGUGUGGGUGUGGGACCGGGACCGGGACCGGGACCGGAGGCUGCUGGGGCGCUGUCGGCGCGCGCGCGCUGCGGACCUGCACAACCACGCGCUGCGGGACCGGCUCCGGGCACUCACGCGCGAGCGGGACGAGCUGCGGCUGCGGUGAGUGUGGGUGUGGGUGUGGGACCGGGACCGGGACCGGGACCGGAGGCUGCUGGGGCGCUGUCGGCGCGCGCGCGCUGCGGACCUGCACAACCACGCGCUGCGGGACCGGCUCCGGGCACUCACGCGCGAGCGGGACGAGCUGCGGCUGCGGUGAGUGUGGGUGUGGGUGUGGGACCGGGACCGGGACCGGAGGCUGCUGGGGCGCUGUCGGCGCGCGCGCGCUGCGGACCUGCACAACCACGCGCUGCGGGACCGGCUCCGGGCACUCACGCGCGAGCGGGACGAGCUGCGGCUGCGGUGAGUGUGGGUGUGGGUGUGGGACCGGGACCGGGACCGGAGGCUGCUGGGGCGCUGUCGGCGCGCGCGCGCUGCGGACCUGCACAACCACGCGCUGCGGGACCGGCUCCGGGCACUCACGCGCGAGCGGGACGAGCUGCGGCUGCGGUGAGUGUGGGUGUGGGUGUGGGACCGGGACCGGGACCGGAGGCUGCUGGGGCGCUGUCGGCGCGCGCGCGCUGCGGACCUGCACAACCACGCGCUGCGGGACCGGCUCCGGGCACUCACGCGCGAGCGGGACGAGCUGCGGCUGCGGUGAGUGUGGGUGUGGGACCGGGACCGGGACCGGGACCGGAGGCUGCUGGGGCGCUGUCGGCGCGCGCGCGCUGCGGACCUGCACAACCACGCGCUGCGGGACCGGCUCCGGGCACUCACGCGCGAGCGGGACGAGCUGCGGCUGCGGUGAGUGUGGGUGUGGGUGUGGGACCGGGACCGGGACCGGGACCGGAGGCUGCUGGGGCGCUGUCGGCGCGCGCGCGCUGCGGACCUGCACAACCACGCGCUGCGGGACCGGCUCCGGGCACUCACGCGCGAGCGGGACGAGCUGCGGCUGCGGUGAGUGUGGGUGUGGGUGUGGGACCGGGACCGGGACCGGAGGCUGCUGGGGCGCUGUCGGCGCGCGCGCGCUGCGGACCUGCACAACCACGCGCUGCGGGACCGGCUCCGGGCACUCACGCGCGAGCGGGACGAGCUGCGGCUGCGGUGAGUGUGGGUGUGGGACCGGGACCGGGACCGGGACCGGAGGCUGCUGGGGCGCUGUCGGCGCGCGCGCGCUGCGGACCUGCACAACCACGCGCUGCGGGACCGGCUCCGGGCACUCACGCGCGAGCGGGACGAGCUGCGGCUGCGGUGAGUGUGGGUGUGGGUGUGGGACCGGGACCGGGACCGGGACCGGAGGCUGCUGGGGCGCUGUCGGCGCGCGCGCGCUGCGGACCUGCACAACCACGCGCUGCGGGACCGGCUCCGGGCACUCACGCGCGAGCGGGACGAGCUGCGGCUGCGGUGAGUGUGGGUGUGGGUGUGGGACCGGGACCGGGACCGGGACCGGAGGCUGCUGGGGCGCUGUCGGCGCGCGCGCGCUGCGGACCUGCACAACCACGCGCUGCGGGACCGGCUCCGGGCACUCACGCGCGAGCGGGACGAGCUGCGGCUGCGGUGAGUGUGGGUGUGGGUGUGGGACCGGGACCGGGACCGGGACCGGAGGCUGCUGGGGCGCUGUCGGCGCGCGCGCGCUGCGGACCUGCACAACCACGCGCUGCGGGACCGGCUCCGGGCACUCACGCGCGAGCGGGACGAGCUGCGGCUGCGGUGAGUGUGGGUGUGGGUGUGGGACCGGGACCGGGACCGGAGGCUGCUGGGGCGCUGUCGGCGCGCGCGCGCUGCGGACCUGCACAACCACGCGCUGCGGGACCGGCUCCGGGCACUCACGCGCGAGCGGGACGAGCUGCGGCUGCGGUGAGUGUGGGUGUGGGUGUGGGACCGGGACCGGGACCGGAGGCUGCUGGGGCGCUGUCGGCGCGCGCGCGCUGCGGACCUGCACAACCACGCGCUGCGGGACCGGCUCCGGGCACUCACGCGCGAGCGGGACGAGCUGCGGCUGCGGUGAGUGUGGGUGUGGGUGUGGGACCGGGACCGGGACCGGAGGCUGCUGGGGCGCUGUCGGCGCGCGCGCGCUGCGGACCUGCACAACCACGCGCUGCGGGACCGGCUCCGGGCACUCACGCGCGAGCGGGACGAGCUGCGGCUGCGGUGAGUGUGGGUGUGGGACCGGGACCGGGACCGGGACCGGAGGCUGCUGGGGCGCUGUCGGCGCGCGCGCGCUGCGGACCUGCACAACCACGCGCUGCGGGACCGGCUCCGGGCACUCACGCGCGAGCGGGACGAGCUGCGGCUGCGGUGAGUGUGGGUGUGGGUGUGGGACCGGGACCGGGACCGGGACCGGAGGCUGCUGGGGCGCUGUCGGCGCGCGCGCGCUGCGGACCUGCACAACCACGCGCUGCGGGACCGGCUCCGGGCACUCACGCGCGAGCGGGACGAGCUGCGGCUGCGCCCGCCGCGACCGUCGCGGCCGCCGCCGCCGCCGCCGCCGAGCGCGAGGCCGGCCUCGAGGCCGCGCUCGCCGACGAGCGGACCGCGCGACACCGCGCCGAGGCCGCGCUGCACGAGGCCGAGCAGCAGCGCGCGCGCGACGCGGCCGAGCUGCGGCGCACGCGCGGCGAGUCGCACGACGCCGCGAGACAUGUCGAGGCGCUCGCUCGCACCGCCCUCGCCGCCGACACCCGCGCCGACGCCGUGCGUCGCUUGCGGCGGGAGCUGCUCGUGCUGGGAGAGAGGGAAGCGCGGCUCGCGAGCGCGGCGCGGGCCGGCGCCUCCCGACAGCCUCAGGGCGCCGGCGCCGCCGAAACGCGCGCGCUGCGGGCCGCCUGCGCCCGCGCCGCCGCCGACGCCGACGCGAGCGCAGCGCGCGCCGACGCCGCGUGUGCGCGCGCGCACGAGCUCGAAGCGGCGCUGGCGGCCCGAGACGCCGCCGCCGCAGACCUCAAGCGGGCCGCGCGACUCGCCGCCGACGAGGCCGAUGCGCGUCUGCGAGCCGUGCGCGACAAAUACGCGGCGCUCCUGCGGGUGCUGCGCUCCACGGAAGCGCACCGCUUGGAGCGGCUCGCGGCUCGAGAACUACCGCGCCCCUCCCGCGCGCCUCCGUCUCUACCGACGCCCGCUCCCACCGCGCCGCCCGCGGGAGGCAGCGCGGCCGCGUCGCCGCCGCAGCUGGCGGAGUGCGGCCGCGUGCGACAGCUCUUAGACGCGAGCCGCGAGUGA